AUGAUUCUUAGGUCAUUUGUGCGGUACCUUAAAACAAGUAGGAGUAUGCAAAAGACUGUGCUAGUGUUUGACGUCGAUGGCACCCUCACUCCAGCUAGACAAAAGAUGCAUGAGGAUAUCCGUCAAUUUAUGAUGAGAGUACGGCAACACGUUCCUGUGGCCGUUGUCGGAGGAUCGGAUCUCGCGAAAAAUUGUAGAACAGUUGGCAGAAAAUCAAGACGACUUUUUCUCAAUAGGAUAAUUAGCAGUUCACUCCCUUUUACCUUGUUAUCACGAUUUGAUUUCGUAUUCUCUGAGAAUGGACUAGUUGGAUUCAAGGGCAAGCAAAUGUUGCCUUCCAAAAUCCAUAUUGGCGAGGAGAAGUUGCAGAAGCUGAUUAAUUUUGUGCUAAGGUACUUCUCUGAAAUAACACUACCAGUGAAACGCGGCAAUUUCCGUCGAGGGAUGCUUAAUUUUUCGCCGAUCGGUCGAAGCUGUUCGCAAGCAGAACGUGAUCAGUUCGUUGUUUAUGAUAAGGAGCACAAAAUACGGGAGAAGUUUGUCAAAGCGCUCGAGGAGAAGUUUUCGGAGUAUGGACUCUGCUUUGUAAUAGGUGGACAAAUCAGUGUUGAUGCGUAUCCUGUCGGUUGGGAUAAGACCUACUGCCUUCAAUUCAUUGAAAAAGAUUUCGACACUAUACAUUUCUUCGGUGACAAGACAAUGCCGGUAACUUCCUUUUCUGAAGUACUAUAA